AUGACAACAAAAACCGCGCCGAAACAGGGCACAACGCCGAAACAGCUCAAGGAGAAAAGUAAAAAGAAGGCAACAGCUCCGGAGCCUCCAAAAAAUGGUCCACCAAAAACGACGCCGCCAAAUACAAUCGAGAAAAAGGGAAUUCUCCGAAGUCUUUCGUUUCAGUUCUCAAAUCUGACUCGUAAGAAGUCCAAUGAUUACGAUUUGACACCUGAAGAAGAUGGUCAAAUUGAAGAACUUGGCCCAGUCCUUGGUGUUCAAUGUUACGGAAUUCUUCUAAAAAAGAUUAAGCGAAACAAUCGGCCAGCAAAAUGGACCAAACGAUUUUUUGUUUUGAAAGAGUGUUUCCUCAUAUACUACGCAGCGAGUUUUCGAAAAGUUUUCGAAAAAACUAAAAGAAUUAAUAUGCAUCCGAAAGGAAUAAUUCCUCUUAUUGGCUGUUCAAUCGUUUCUGGUGGAGAUGUUGAUAAGAAGAAUUGUCUUCUCAUUGCGCAUCCGCAAUUUCCCAGUGCGAUUAUUGUAGCUGCGGCUGAUCAUGCGAUCCAGGAAAAAUGGUUGAAGGCAUUAAGAAGUGCCACUAAAAUCUCGUACAAAAACACAGUUGUUGGAGAGACUAUGAUCCGCGAAUUGGAAAACCGUGGAGUAAUGCUUAACGAAGAAAAGAAAAGCUACGAAGAACGUCUUGAAGCAGAAGCAAAAGCUCGAAAAGAGCAAUUGGAGAGAGCGAAUGAAUUGGAAAAAGACAAAGAGGAGCUUGAAGCAGAACGCGAGAAAUUGAUUAAAACAACGAAAAAGCUUAAAGACGAUCUACAGAAUGUCAAAAAUGAACUUAAAAUGACGAACGAAAUGAAGAAAACUUUGGAACAAGAGAAAAUGUCGUUGAAUUCAAAGACUGAACAUCUCCAAGCGAAUAUGGAGAGUUUGAAUAUCGAAAAAGAGAAAAUCCAGGAACAACUCGCCGAUAUUGUGAAAGAGAGAGAAAAAGUGCUUAUUGACAAUCAGAAUUUGUCGACAGACAAGUGCCAAUUGAGCAAUCGCCUCAUGGAAAUUGAAACGUCGCGAAAUUGUAUUGCAACUGAAAAAGAAAAAAUCGAAAUGAUGCUGAAAUUGAACGAACAGAAAACGUUGGAUUUAGAGAAGGAAAGGCAAUACUACACGAAUAAAACUUCAGAAUUAAUGGAUCAUCUGAAGGAAGUAAGUGAUCAGAAGGAAAUGACUGAAGCUGAAUUGCGUGAGCAAAUGAUGGCUCGUAUGGGAGCUGAAAAACAAUUGCAUGCAGCUGAAAAAGCACUGGAGCAUCUCGAAAUGGCUCUGAAAAUGACUGGAGCGCAAAUGACUGAGCUUCAAGAGCACAUUCUUCCAGAUGUCCACAAACUUCGCAAGUUCUUCGAACAAUGUGCUGAAGAGGCCCGAUUUGAGGCGAAUCGAACGGGAAUCAUGAGACAGGCAAUCUAUGCCAGAAAAUCAAUUAGAAGAUCGAAACGUGGAUUCCGUUCAUCAUUGCGUAAGAAGGCAGAAAUCCGUGAAAAGGAGUGCUCAUCUCCACUUAUGCAGCUAUGUGCUGACGUAUCAUUAGAAUGCCCAAUGAGAAAAAGUUUAUGUUCCAAUCGAGCGUAUGACGGUGUUAUGUUCAAACUCUGUCGAAGUACAUGCAACUGGUGCAAUCGUAAGAUUAAUGAUGUUGUCGAGGGAAAUGUGCACUAUCGGGCUCCACUCAGACCGGCAACCACAACGGUAAAACUAUUAAAUGAAAAUGGAAAUAAAUCGAGCACGGGUACACUCUUCAAUUCACAUCGACUUUAG